ACGCUGGUCCCUCAGCGUUGUGAUGCUAACGCUAAGCUAAGCUACAGCACCGCUGUGUCGUAGAUCGGACUCACGCAUCGCGUCCAUCAACUAACAGCCGUGGCUCGCGUGGAAGCCCUAACUACACUAGUUUCCUAUUUGUCUGUGAUGUAUGGAUGGAUAGCUGACGGAAUAUCGUCGUUGUUCGAGCCCGUCUCGGGGCCGGAGCCCCCCGCGGUGAGCCAGCUCGCUGGAGCCGGGCUGGAGGCGGCAGCGCCGGGGCGGGAGAGCAGCAGCAGAGCGGCCAAGAGGAGCUACCACAGUGUCUAUUUUGCAGAUGGCUUUUGCCAGAGUGACCAGGUAGAAGUAAAAAGACGUAGACGAGAUGUAGUAAUCAGCUUUGCUAAGAAGAUUGUAGCUGGGGUAGCUGGUCUACUCGGGCUGCAGAAACCAGAAAAGUUGGAGAAUCCAAACCAGAAUGAAGAGUCGCAGCCUGUCACUUUAAUGGGCAUAGAUGAACUCCAUACAUCAUGGCCGAACAGUGCUGAGUGCAGAAUGGAUAAAGCAGUAGGCGGGCUGAAUGAAAGAGGGGGGGCGAAUCUCUUUCAGGGUUCAUUGCCACCUUUAGUGAGGAAGUACAGCGGUCCAGCCCUCCCUGCAGGGCUGCCAGACAGGGGGAAGGACCGAGAGAGGAGAGGCUCCCUGCAGCUGCUGCCGUCAAGGCCUGCUCUCAGAGCAGCAACUUCUAAUCCGGAUACAAUGUGCAACGGCAUUGGACACAACCGCUUCUUCAAGCCCAGUCUUACUGUUGAAGAGACCAUAAAGCAGACUAAUAAAGAGCAUUACAGGCGCUUACUGGAGAUGGUGACAGAGAAAUACAGCAAAAGCCAGCCCUUGCCUUUCAAUCAAACAAAACCACAAGAUGAGUUGCUGUCACAGGUUGAUCACAAAAGGGCUGCUUCUGGAAAAACCUUUGAAUCAGUCUCCAGAAAAAUGGGAUGCACAGCUGCACCACAUUUAUUAACCUACAGAAAUGCAUCUGCAACUAAGGACAGGUGGAGCAGCUUGACCUUUAGUAAGUCAUACAUAGGAGACCUUGACACGACACAGCCUGUUCGAUGUACAAAGAGACGGGCAGUAGAGUUGGAUCUUUCUGCAGAGGUAGCUAGCCGGCUCAGCUUAGUGGACAGGGAUACUCCUGCUGUCCCCCGUUAUGACACUCUGUCUGGAUACACUACACACACACGGCACAGUGACGAGGACAUACCCAGGUUCACCAAGGAAAUGGCAGAAGAUGUCAGUAGAGCUCUGGCUCAGAGUGACCCCAACCUUGUUUUAAGUUCAGCCUUCAAACUUCGCAUCACGCACCGAGACCUGGUCACACUACAGGAGGGCAGCUGGCUGAACGACGAGGUAAUAAACUUCUACCUUUCUCUGAUCAUGGAGCGGAGCUCUGGAGAAGCGGGACAAUUAAAGGUCUACACCUUCAGCACAUUCUUUUUACCGAAGUUGCAAGGUGGAGGACAUGCUGCCGUGAAACGCUGGACCAAGGCUGUUGACCUCUUCCUCUUCGACAUUAUUCUUGUACCCCUGCAUCUCGGUGUCCACUGGGCCAUGGCUGUCAUAGAUUUGAAAUCAAAGACGGUAAAAUCAUACGACUCAGUGGGCCACAGACAUGACGACAUUUGCAGUCUCUUACUACUUUAUCUCAAAGAGGAACACAAAGUGAAAAAAGGCAGAGAGCUUGAUGGUAGCAGGUGGACUGUUGGAAGCUUGAAGUCUAACGACGUACCCCAGCAGAAGAAUUGGAGUGACUGCGGUGUUUUUGCCUGUAAAUACGCUGAUUAUAUUGCAAAAGGAAAGUCUCUCACCUUUAAACAGUGCCACAUGCCUGUCUUCAGGAAGUUAAUGAUGUGGGAAAUCCUCCACCAGAAGCUGCUAUAGAGCGCCAAUUAUACGGUGACUACAUCAUCUCACAAGGAUUUAAUGGGCCAAAGACAUGGACUUUACUGGUUGUAUUCUAACCCAGAUGUCAAGAAAUCAAAAACUAGUCUUAAGAAUUAGUUCUGUCUCUUCUCUUUUCAGGGACAUAUUAACUAUUAAUAAUCUCUGAGUUGUAAUUGGAGACAAUUUUGGAAUGUAAAAUGUGUUUAUGUGUUUGGCACUACAGACUGAAUAAAAAAAAUGUUUUGAUUUAG